AUUCGUCAGCGGAAGUGAUGAAAUAAAACCGGAAGUUGACGUUUAGCGCCAAAUCUUGAGUCAGAGAGUAACAACCAUGGAUGUCGCUCGCAAAAUAAAGACGAAAGUGUCCGCUGGCUUCAAGAUGCGGGGACUUAUACUAAGACCGGAUGCCAGCAGAUAUCUAGUAGAGGUCCUGGAGUCUGUCAAUGCAUCUGAACUGGAUGAUAUUAUGGAAAAGGUCUUGGAUGCAGUGGAAAAACAACCAUUGUCCUCUAGUAUGAUCGAGCUGUCGGUGGUGGAGAGUGCUGUUCAGGAUUGCACUCAGUCUUGUGAUGAAACCAUAGAUAAUGUCUUUAACAUUAUUGGAGCCUUUGAUGUACCCCGAUACAUUUACAGCAUAGAGCGGAAGAAAUUUGUACCCAUAAGCAUGACGAGCCACUCGGCACCCAGUCUGUGUGGUUUGGCCAAAGACAAAGCUGAACUGUUCAGGGAGCGCUACACCAUCUUACAACAGCGUAUCCAUCGGCACCAGCUCUUCACCCCACCUGCAAUAGGAGCUGCUGUGGAAGAGGGUCAAAACAAAUUUCAGCUUAAGACAAUUGAGGCACUUCUUGGUAGCACAGCAAAACUGGGAGAAGUGAUCGUUCUUGGGAUGAUCACACAACUGAAGGAGGGUACAUUUUUCCUGGAGGACCCGAGUGGAACAGUAAAGCUUGAGAUGUCCAAAGCACAGUUUCAUAACGGCUUGUACACAGAAUCCUGCUUUGUGCUGGCAGAAGAAAUAUUACGGGGAUGGUUUUGUCCUGCAGGUUGGUACGAGGACUCAGUUUUCCACGUCAAUGGCUUCGGGUUUCCACCAACAGAGUCGUCAUCGGCCACAAGGGCCUACUACGGCAAUCUGAACUUCUUUGGUGGUCCAUCCACAACUUCUGUGAAGGCUUCAGCCAAGCUGAAGCAGCUGGAGGAGGAGAAUGAAGAUGCCAUGUUUGUAAUUGUUUCUGAUGUGUGGCUGGACAACGUUGAAGUGAUGGAGAAGCUCAACAUGAUGUUCUCAGGUUAUGCUUCGAUGCCUCCUACCUGUUUCAUUUUGUGUGGAAACUUCUCUUCUGCCCCGUACGGAAAGACACAGAUCAAAUCACUCAAAGACUCAUUGAAGGCUCUUGCUGACGCUAUAUGUGCGCAUCCCAGCAUUCACAGCAGUUGUCGCUUUGUAUUUGUUCCUGGCCCUGAAGACCCGGGUCCAGGCACCAUACUGCCACGGCCUCCUUUGGCAGAUUACAUCACAGAGGAGUUCAAACAGAGGGUGCCAUUUUCUGUGUUCACUACUAACCCAUGCAGGAUCCAGUACUGCAGCCAGGAGAUUGUCAUUAUCAGGGAAGACAUGGUCAACAAGAUGUGCAGGAACUGCGUCCGGUUGCCCAAUAAUAAUCUUGACAUUCCAAACCAUUUUGUUAAGACCAUUUUAUCCCAGGGUCACCUGACUCCACUGCCUCUGUAUGUCAGUCCUGUAUUCUGGGCGUACGACUACUCCCUGCGGGUCUACCCAGUCCCAGAUGUCAUCAUAUUUGCAGACAAAUAUGACCCAUUCAGCAUUAAAAACACAGACUGCCUGUGUGUGAACCCGGGUUCUUUCCCCAAAAGUGGCUUCACAUUUAAGGUGUACUACCCAUCCAACAGAACUGUUGAGGACAGCAAACUUCAAGGACUCUAAAGAAAAUCAUGGAUUAGGAGAGCCCCCUGUCAAUUGUUUUGUACAUAUGGCUUAUGCAUUAUACUGUAUGCCUUGAAGGGAUUGGUAAUCAAAUUGCUGUCGUAUGUUUUAUUUUGUAUGUAUUUGUAUCAUAGAUCUGUAUGUAUAUCUGCAUUGAUUAAUAAA